UGCUUACUUUACAAUCUGCUAAAACCGUAUUCGUUAGUCAUGGCAAACUGAUCGAUUUGGCUGAGAAAAACUCGUGGUUUUCGAAUGUCAUUUCAAAGAAAAGUGAUCUCCAUCAAAAUAAGCUGGUUAAGAAUUCUCGAAAACAGCUGUUGAUGAACACACACGGCAAGGGUGCUUAGCCAGUUGCAACUACUUCAGGAGAGAAAUCUCAGAGUAAUCUUCCAUUGAACUCAGCUCGUAGCAGCAUGACAGGCCGUCUUGUUUCUUGCUUACAAAUACUCCUUUUUCACAUUAUUUUCACGUAUGGUUCGGCACAAACUCGCAAGGAAUGGCAGUGCGAGAAGAUCUCGAUAGGUCUGUGCAGGAGUACCGGCUAUAAUGUCACACGGAUGCCGAAUCUUAUCGGACAUGAAACACAGAGAGAAGCGGAGGCGAGACUUAAGCAGUUUUUACCUCUCAUUCAACAAGGUUGUGGGGGAAAACAGUUGAUUUUCUUCUUGUGCUCAGCGUAUGCCCCAAUGUGUACAGACAAAGUAGACAUUAUGAUUACUUCUUGUCGGCCUCUGUGCGAAUACGUUCGCAAAUCUUGUUUACCUGUUCUAAGUGAAUUUGGGAUUCCAUGGCCACAGCCAUUGAACUGUUCGCGUUUCUUGCCGAUAAAUAAUGAUAAACAUAUGUGUAUGCCAGGUCCUAACUUCACAGAACAUCCAACUACAAUAGAUAGUGGAGUUGGUCUUCCUAAUGAUACUUCUUCGCCUAAAAGUACCAAACCUAAGGGAUCGGAACAAUGUCGAAGAUUUAAAAAUAGUGACAACUAUUACUUUGUGGAAAGCACUGAAWCUUGUGCCGUACGAUGCAACGAAGAAGGGAUUUUUUCGACAUCAGAUAAAAACACUAUCGAAGUGUGGAUGACAGUACUAUCUGUGGUUUGUUUCAUGUCGACUUUAGGGACUUUAGCAACAUUUUUGAUCGACACCAAGCGAUUCGAGUACCCAGAGCGUUCAAUAAUAUGGUUYGCUCUUUGCUAUAAUUUUUACUCUUUAUCGUUCAUCAUUCGACUAGCUGCUGGUCGUAGUGCUAUUUCAUGCGAUUUCGAUCCUGCCACAAAUAUCCAAUUCCACAUUCAAGAUGGUCUUCGUAAUACCGGCUGUGCAGUGAUAUUUCUCAUCCAGUACUUCUUUAGUAUGGCUGCGACAAUUUGGUGGGUUAUUUUAGCACUGACAUGGUUUCUUUCUGCGGGCAUGAAAUGGGGAAAUGAAUCGAUUGGAUCAUACGCCAACCUCUUCCAUGUUAUUGCCUGGAUUUUACCGUGCAUUAAGACUAUAUUUAUCCUUAUAACCAGAAAAGUGGACGGUGACGAGCUAACUGGGUUGUGUUUCGUCGGAAAUCAAGACUUAAUCGCGCUUGCCGCGUUUGUGUUGGGUCCACAGUUUACCUAUUUGAUAAUAGGAACAUUAUUUUUGUUUGCUGGCUUUGUGGCGCUUUUCAGAAUCCGCACCACAGUGCAGCGUUCAGGGCCUGUCAAGAUUGAUAAACUAGAACCAUUCAUUAUGCGAAUUGGUAUUUUCUCUGUAUUAGCGACAAUCCCUGCUACGACGGUAAUCUCUUGUUAUUUUUAUGAGUACGCCAAUAAAGAGUACUGGUAUUAUGGCAAGAGAGAUGAAGCGAUCGCUGAACCUAACUUUAACAUUUUCGUCAUCAAACUCGUGAUGUCCCUGUUUGUAGGGAUUCUAUCAGGCUUGUGGAUCUUGUCUAAAAAGACUCUUCAUUCUUGGGCAAAGUUUUAUUAUAAAAUAAGCGGCAAAGGCCAACCACGGCGCUCACCGAAAACCCCUAACGCGAACGAGACGACCGUGUAGACGGUCACGACAGAACACUGAUGUGAAUAAGAAGUACAUGUUUUCAAUUCACACAAGGACGACGAAGUGUUUAGUUGUUUACAAGAUGGAUGAAUAAAGAACCAAAUAUAUUAACAGUGGUCAGCUGGUAUGGAUUUUAAGUGCAAAAUUCAAACUUAUUUACUCCCAGCUCAACCAAGAAUUGAGGCCGUCGAAUCGUUUAGUAGCAACAAUUCGGUAAUGAGUAAAAACAAACAAACCUUUUACGUGUAAAUCCCAACCUGUAUUCUUAAUGAUAUUCGGUUAAUAUAUAAUAUAAUCAACACAUAGUACUAAUGGUUCCUCGCUAGUGCGUGUUAUUAUGUGUAGUAACUGAUUUCUCCUUUAUAAUUCAAUCGUGCUUUGAACGCUAUGUUUUGUGUUUAGGUAAAACAAUAAAGAUUCGUUAGUAUCCAUCGUUAAA